UUAUCACAACGACGACCGAUGACGACGAGUGUUGUUAAAUAAGUGCAACCAGUGAUAUUCACCCUCUACCGCUGGUAUUAGAGGGUUCGGUGGUUUUCACAUUGCAAAAAUUAUGCAAUUUUUAUUUUCUAAGUAGGAGUGAGAGAGAAUACUUGUAGUAUUGAAAAUAAAUCGCGGUGUUUUUUUUUUCUCGAUUUUGUAAAAGUAUUGAAACUUGAAAAUCAACCCUUGUAAUUUCAUGCUCUGUGAAAGCUAUAGUAGUCAUAGAACCGAUGUUAUAGAAAAGAUUAAUGCAUUCGUUCUCGGGUUGUUAUCAGAGAUAGUUCACCUACUUAUAAAUUGAAAUAUAUUUUGAAAAAUAAUAUUUGGAGAAUGAAAACAAACAUUAUUUGGUUUCGACACGGACUUAGAAUCCAUGAUAAUCCGGCUUUGUUUGAGGCAGUUGCUGAUAAAAGAAAUGAAACAAGAUUGCUACCUUUAUUUAUAUUUGAUGGCGAGAGUGCAGGUACAAAAUGCGUUGGUUACAACCGCAUGCAAUUUCUUCUCGAUUCUCUAAAUGAUAUUGAUGAAAAAUUUCGCGCUCACGGUGGACAAUUGUAUCUUAUUUGUGGUAAUCCAGCUAGUAUAUUUAGACGUCUCCAUAACCAAUUGGGAAUUGGAAAGAUUUGCUUCGAGCAUGAUUGUGAACCUAUUUGGAGUAAACGUGACAACGAUGUUAAAGAUCUUUGCAUUGAGUUGGGUAUCACAGUAGUGGAAAAAGUUUCGCACACCUUAUGGGAUCCAAGGAUGGUUAUAAAUACCAAUGGGGGAAUAGCUCCACUUACUUAUCAAAUGUUUUUGCAUACUGUUCAAGUAAUUGGACUUCCUCCAAGGCCUAAAUCGGACAUUGAUUGGACAGGUGUUAAUUUUGCCCAUCUUUCUGAUCAGCUUCGUGGCGAUUUGGACAUUUUUAAAGAGAUUCCUCGACCCGAAGAUUUUGAUAUUUUCCCAGAAAGUUUAGGUUAUGUGGCUAAAGUCAUAUGGAAGGGUGGCGAAACAGAAUCGCUACGGCUUCUCAAAGAGCGAUUGAAAAAAGAGGAAAAUGCUUUUAAAAACGGCUGUUAUUUACCGAAUCAAGCUAAUCCCAAUAUUUUGGAAACACCAAAAUCAAUGAGUGCUCAUUUGCGUUUUGGUUGCUUAUCGGUUCGGCGCUUUUAUUGGGAUGUACAUGAUCUGUUUGAGAAAGUUCACCAAAGCUAUGGUUAUAGUUCGUCUGGUGGUGCUCACAUUACUGGCCAAUUAAUUUGGAGAGAAUAUUUCUACACCAUGUCUGUAAACAACCCAAACUAUGAUCGCAUGGAAGACAAUGAAAUUUGUUUGACUAUACCUUGGGCAAAACCCUGCCAAGACCAAUUGACCAAAUGGAAAAUCGGUCAAACCGGAUUCCCAUUGAUCGAUGGAGCAAUGAGACAGUUAUUGUCUGAAGGAUGGUUACAUCAUUGUUUGCGUAAUACGGUGGCAACUUUUCUUACUCGUGGUGCAUUGUGGCAGUGUUGGGAACAUGGACUUCAACAUUUCCUAAAAUAUCUCUUAGAUGCUGAUUGGUCGGUUUGUGCUGGCAAUUGGAUGUGGGUAUCGUCUUCGGCCUUUGAGACUUUAUUGGAUUCUUCGAUUUGUACUUGUCCGAUUGCUUUGGCUAAGCGAUUGGAUCCAAAUGGAGAGUACAUUAAGCAGUACAUUCCAGAGUUGGCUAACAUUCCGUCAAAAUACAUUCAUGAACCAUGGAAGACUCCACUGGAAAUACAAGAACAAGCUGAGUGCAUUAUAGGAAUUCAUUAUCCAAAUCGAAUUAUUGACUUGAAUGCGGCCUCAAAACAGAAUAAUAUGGCCAUGACCACAUUGAGACACGCACUCAUUGCAGAUGGUGCUCCUGAUGAAGGUCCACCACAUUGCAGACCAUUUAAUGAAGAGGAAAUUCGUCAAUUUUUUUGGCUUAAUUAAUAACUUAAUUAAUCAAUAAAUAAAUAAUAAUUACGGAAAGGUUUUAAGAAUUGAUCAAAAUAAUCUCAAUAUACCUACAUUAUAUUUUUGUUUUUUAAGGGCUAAUUUUGUAUCACCAUUAAGACUCUAUUAAAUGAAUAACGUCAAAAAGUAUAUUCCUAAUUAACUGAGAUUUAACUGAUUAUUAAACAUUUUAUCAGAAUCAU